AUGUAUUGUUGGUCGGUAGGGUUGGCAGCGCUGGCGCUCCGCAGCAGCGCGGUGGCGCGCGGGCUGGCGCGGCCGGCGGAGGUGGGCGCGGGCGGCGCGCGCGCGGGCCCGCUCACGCCGCUGCAGCGCGCCGAGGAGCUGCUCAAGGCGGAGAUGCUCACCAUGCUGCACUACGACGCGCUGCACGACCCGCCGCCAGGUGUAGACAAAAAGCGUCUAGUACAGCUGCAGGCGUCCCACCUGGCGCACCUGGAGGCACACCCGUACGAGCAGUUCACGGCGGAGGAGCUGGGCGCGGCGCGCGCGGCGCUGGCGCGCGAGGCGGACGUGGUGCGCGCCGGCAUGGCGCACGGCGACCUCGGCCUCGACGCCUACACGCAGGUCUGGGAGGAGUGUCUCGCGCAGGUGCUCUUCCUGCCCGGUCAGAACAGAUACACACGUGCCAAUCUCGCCAGCAAGAAAGACAGACUCGAAUCCGCUGAAAAGAAACUAGAACAAAACAGAAGUCACAUGGCGAAGGAAGCCAAAAAGUGUUCCAAAAUGGAAAAGAAGUUACGAGUGCUUACAGGCGGUUACCAAAGCAGGACGGCGUCCCUUGUAAAACAAUUCCAAGAGUUACAAGAUCAAAUAGAGCAAGCGAAUUUAGAGUUAUCAACUUUCAAAUUUUUAGCUGAACAGGAAAAGGCUGCCAUUCCAAGAAGAGUAGAGUCGUUAACAGACGAUGUCAAUCGUCAAACGGAGCGUGAAAAGGUGUUACAAAAGCGAUACGCGGAAUUGCAAGCAGAGCUCGAGGACUUGCACAAAGGCAGGCAGGCCAAGGACGCGGCUCCACCUAAACCUGUUGAAACUGACACA